AUGUCAUUUCGCUCGCAGGCCAUGAUCGACACGAUGACCGAGGAAGCGUUUAAAGGCAAUCCGACGCCCGUGUUCGUACUCGACGGGCGGCAUCAAGGUGUCGAUGAGGCCGAGUUCACAGAGUGGCCUGACGAUCCGGUCUUGCAGGCCGUGGCAAGGGAGUUGAAUCAGUCCGAGACGAUUUUCGUGCGGCUGGAUCAUCCGGGCAAAGGCGACAAGUGCAAUGGCACGCGAGACUCAGAUCCAGGCAAAGAUGCCUCCACGCGCUACUUGAUCCGAUCGUUCACGCCGUCCAAGGAGGAGCCGUUCUGCGGGCAUGGGAUCGUGGGAGCGGCGUAUCUGCUUAGCUGUUCUGCGGAGGGCUACCCCUCUGGUAUCCCGACCAUGCGAUUCCAGACCGUGGGAGGGAUUGUGGUUGAUGCGCAGGUGCGUCCCGAGGGAGAGGAGCAUACCGCGAGAAUUAACAAUGUGGACCGACUCGACGUUGACCUACGUCGUGACUACGGUGUGGCGAGGACCAUGCAGCUGGAGAUCCCGGCCCAGCCUGUGGACCGGUGGUUCACAGAGGACCUGGAUCUGCGGCGGAGGAUCGCAACAGCGCUGGGUAUUGAGUCGGCCCAAGUUCUAGCUCUCGGCAGGAACGCCUUGAUGGACCUUGUCAUCGAGCUCGGCGCGGACGUCGACUUCUCGGCGGGGAAUAUGGAAAUCGAUGCGGUGGCGUUGAUGGAGGCUUCUCCUCCGGGAACGAGGAGUCAGAUCAUCACGAGCGCGGGUGCUAGGUAUGGAGUGGAUUUUGUGAAGCGCGUGUUUGCGUACGGGAGCGAAGGUACGUCCGUGAUUGAGUAUCAAAUGCUGGAUGCUGAAAUGUUGAGCUCCACCGUCGCUGCCACUGCUAACACGAUGCGUGCUGCAGAUCAAGCAACAGGCUCGACGUAUUGCGUCUUGAUACCAUAUUGGGGUGCGGCGUUGCAGAAGUCGUCCAUGAAGGUGAAGCAGGUCUCUGCGCGGACGGGUGGUGCGGAGGUGACGAACUCGGCGACGGGGGAGGGCUAUGUGACGCUGUAUGGGACUGGCGUUAAGGUCAUGGAAGGUUGCACGUUAGUUCCUGGCUGUGCGCGUAAAAAGUAG